GCCGGAGAAGCAGAAUGAAUCAGCCGACGUGAGAGUCGUUUGGAUUACAACGGUGUUGCUGUGGAGGGCUAACUUUAGCUAAACCUUUAGCUUCCUGUUAGGCAUUAGGGAUUACGCUUGCCAAAGGAGAGAUUUCAGUUCUAAAGCGACGUUAUCUAACAUUUGCUAUAGUCUUCUGAUUUAUGUGAAAUGACGGUAGAAUUUGCACGUGCUCUGGCAAAAUUGGGCAAAUUUUACUAGCGUUCAUUGCUAGCUAACGUGUCAUCAACUUAUUUAUCUCCUAACUUGGUCUUUUUGCGGGCCCUGGCUGGCGCUACAUCAUCAUGUCACUGAGCUACUGAAAGAUUGCUAGCCCGUCUUUUAGCUAGAUAGCGCAACAACGAUCAGUUUAAGAAUUAAGUGAAAGAAAAUAACAUUGCUAGUAGUUGAGCUAACCAGUUCGAACUUGUAAUAUGACAAAAACACAAUCCGAUAACAAUUUGGGUUUUGAUUCUCAAAAAGAUAUAGUCUACAACAAACUUUUGCCAUACGCGGACAAGCUAGACGAUGAAUCUAACGAUAUUUUGAGCAAAAUAAAAGGAAAUUUGGGCAGAGCUGUGCAACUUAGAGAAAUAUGGCCCGGUGUUUUGUUUUGGACGAGAAAACUUUCCACGUAUAUGAGACUCUAUGGACGAAAGUUCAGCAAAGAGGACCAUGUACUGUUCAUAAAGUUGCUCUAUGAGCUAGUGACAAUCCCCAGACUGGAGAUUAGCAUUAUGCAGGGUCUUGGACGGCUUCUAAUUAACCUUCUCAAAAAACGGGAGCUACUGUCAAGAGAGGAUCUUGAGUUGCCGUGGAGACCACUGUAUGAACUGCAUGACAGAAUCCUUUUCUCAAAGACGGAGCAUCUGGGCCUUAACUGGUUUCCAAAUUCUUCACGACAUCGCUCAUCUUCUAAGCACAUACUUUUUAAAUUGAUUCAGUGGUGCUCAGUGGAAAGUGUGUUAAAGACGCUCAUAAAAAGCUGCAGACCAUACUUCUCAGAGAAUGCCACUCAGGAGAUGCUGGAUGAGUGGCGACCUCUUCUCUGUCCUUUUGAUGUCACCAUGCAAAGAGCAAUCAGUUACUUUGAGCUCUUUUUACCCACAACUCUUCCCCCCGAGCUACACCACAAAGGAUUUCAGUUGUGGUUUGAUGAGCUCAUCACCCUUUGGGAGUCUGUGCAAAAUCUUCCAGGCUGGGAAGUUCACCUAGUCAACCUCUUCGCCAGGUUGGCCAAUGACAACAUUGGCUACAUUGACUGGGACCCAUAUAUUCCUAAGAUUUUCACCAAAAUCUUGAGAAGUUUGAAUCUUCCUGUGGGAACCAGUCAGAUCUUGGUACCUCGUUACGUUACCAAUGCCUACGACAUCGGCCAUGUGGUGUUUUGGGUUUCAUCGCUCUUGGGAGGACCCAGCAAGCAAGCUCAAGCGCAGCUCAGUGGCCUUUUCAAUAGCAUCACAUCCUUUUUCCACCCAUCAAAUCAUGGCCGCUGGCUGAUGAAGCUCAUGAAGCUGCUCCAACGCCUUCCCGCAAGUGUGGUCCGGAGGCUCCACAGAGAGCGCUAUCGAAAGCCCUCUUGGCUGACACCAAUACCAGAAAGCCACAAGCUAACAGAGGAUGAUAUCACAGAGUUUGUGAAGAGUAUGAUGCAGCCAGUUCUGCUCGCCAUGUUCAGCAAGACGGGGAGUCUUGACGCUGCCCAGGCGCUACAAAACCUCGCUUUGAUGAGGCCUGAGCUGGUGAUUCCCCCUGUGCUUGAAAAAACAUAUCCCGCUCUGGAAACCUUAACGGAGCCCCACCAGCUGACAGCCACUCUAAGCUGCAUGAUCGGUGUUGCACGAAGUCUAGUGUCGGGCGGGGAGCGCUUUCCUGAGGGGCCAACUCACAUGCUGCCCCUGCUCAUAAGAGCUUUACCAGGCGUAGACCCAAAUGACUUCAGCAAGUGCAUGAUCACAUUCCAGUUUAUUGCUACGUUUGUGACUCUUGUGCCUUUGGUGGACUGUUCGUCUGCCCUGCACGAAAGAACAGACUUGACAGAGUUGGAUAGAGAACUGUGCUCUGCCUCCGCUGAGUUUGAAGAUUUUGUGCUUCAGUUCAUGGACAGAUGCUUUGCUCUGAUAGACAGCAGCACUCUUGAACAAACAAGAGAGGAAACCGAAACAGAGAAAAUGACUCAUUUGGAGAGUUUGGUGGAGCUUGGACUGUCCUCCACCUUUAGCACCAUCCUCACCCAGUGCUCUCUGGACAUCUUCAAGGUGGCUUUGGAAAAAGUCUUUAACUUUGCGACCACAAACAUCUUUGAGACGCGCGUGUCUGGCCGAAUGGUGGCUGACAUGUGUCGAGCUACUGCCAAGUGUCAUCCAGCAGAGUCACUCAAGCUGUUUGUGCCACACUGCUGCAGUGCCAUAAACCACAUUGCUGUCAAUGAGGAGGUUUUAAAUGAGGAAGAGCUUGACAAAGAGCUUCUGUGGAAUCUGCAGCUGCUUUCCGAGGUUUCUCGGGUGGACGGACACAAGCUCUUGCCGUAUCGCUCUGACCUGCUUCAGAUUCUGCAGUUGACUCUCCAUCUUAAGUGUAAGCAGGGAUACACUUUGGCGUGCAACCUGUUGCACCACAUCCUUCGCUCUGCUGCCCUCAUCUACCCCACAGAGUACUGCAGUGUACCUGGAGGCUUCCAUCAGCCAGUCGGUGACUACCUCCCAAUUAGGGACUGGGGGCGGCCUGGGGACUUGUGGAACUUGAACAUCCAGUGGCAUGUUCCCAGUGUUGAGGAGACAUCAUUGGCCUUUUAUUUGCUGGAUCUGAUCCUCCAGCCUGAACUUCAGCGGCUUCAGAGAUUUGCAACAGGAGAACAGGACAUGAGCAGAGAUGAUGUCCUGAAAAGUCUUACCAUCGUUCAUCACUGUCUUCUGGGAGCAGGCAGCUUGAUGCCGCCACUAACCGGGGAGCCCAUUCCUGAGUUGGUUUGUAGCAUGGUGAAUCUGGAUGAGACCACCUUGCACACAGGAAUGGAGUAUGAUCAGACCAGAGAGAACUACAGAGAUGCUAUCUGCAGUGUGAUGAGGCAGCUGCUUCAUUAUAUUCUGGAGCACUCUGAAGAUGACACCAAAUCUCUUUUUCUGAUCAUUAAAAUUGUUAGCGACCUUCUACACUUCAAAGGUUCUCACAAGCACGAGUUUGACUCUCGCUGGAAGAGUUUUAAUCUUGUAAAGAAAUCAAUGGAAAACAGGCUUCAUGGCCGAAAACAGCACAUCAGAGCUCUACUUAUUGACAGGGUCAUGCUGCAGCAUGAGCUGAGAAAGCUGACGAUGGAAGGGUGUCAGUACAGGAGCAUUCACCAGGAGCUGAUGAGAGGUCUGCUGAGGCUUUCCACAAGUAGAUAUAGUCAGGUACGCAGCAGAGCUCAAAGUGUGCUCUUCACCGCGCUGGGAACCUACAACUUCUGCUGCAGAGAUUUGAUCCCUCAUGUUCUUGAGUUUCUCAACCCAGACAACAGCAGUGUCACUCAGAAACAAUUCAAAGGUGCCUUGUACUGCCUUCUAGGGAACCACAAUGGAGUUUGCCUGGCUAAUCUCCAUGACUGGGACUGCAUUUCUGUGACAUGGCCUGCUAUCGUGCGCUCUGGUCUGAGCACAGCCAUGUCUCUGGAGAAGCCCUCUAUCGUGCGGCUCUUUGACGAUCUCGCUGACAAGAUUCAUCGCCAGUACGAGACUAUUGGCAUCGACUUCUCUAUCCCAGAUGAGUGUUGUGCUCUGGCAAAGAAACUCAUGACUGCAGGAAAUCCACUACCGCAGGCUCUUAUGCCCUCUGAGGAAGAAGAGGCUGAAGGUCUAAAAAGACAGAAGCUUAAGAAUUCUGAAUCUGUUGAAAAAUACCAACAGCUCAUUAGUGAUCUGCUGGACUGCCUUGGCAACAGAAACAUGCCUUGGAAGUUUGAACACAUUUCAAUCGGCUUCCUGUCUUUGUUGUUGAGAGAUGACCACCAGCUUCCACCUGCAGCUGUUACAUUCUUUGUGAAAAGCCUUAACCAUGAUUCCCUUUAUGUUCGUAAGGUGGCGAUAUCCGCCGUGGCCGGAGUCAUGAAGCAGAUUAAGAAACCACAUAAGAAAGUUCCGAUCAGCCCUUCUGAGCUUUGUGAGAUGAUCGACACAAAGGCUAUUGUUGCCGGAGACCGUCCUGACAACCAGUGGCUCCAGUACAACAGCGGCAAACUUCCACUAACGCAGAAAGACUGGGAUGCUUGUGUUUUUGUGGAAAAGACCCACUGGGGAUACUACUGUUGGCCAAGAAAACUAAUGAUUUAUGCACCUGAAAAGGAGCAGCCCAAGCAGAACCUGUGCAGAGAGGAAAUGACAGAGCGGGAGCAGAUCACCUUUGAUCAUUUUUCCGACCCAGUGUUCAUAAAUCAGUUCAUCGAGUUUCUGUCUCUUGAAGACCGGAAGGGCAAGGACAAGUUCAGCCCUCGCAGAUUCUGUUUGUUCAAGGGCUUGUUCCGUAAUUUUGGAGAUGCCUUUCUGCCGGUGUUGCAGCCUCACUUGGAGCGGCUGGUGGCAGACUCCCAUGAGAGUAAGCAGCGCUGUGUUGCUGAGAUCAUCUCUGGAUUAAUCAGAGGAUCCAAACACUGGAGCUUCUCCAAGGUGGAGAAUCUGUGGGGGGUGCUGUGUCCUCUGCUACACACAGCUUUGGCAAAUAUUACUAUAGAAACCUAUGCUGAUUGGGGCACCUGCAUCGCAACCGCCUGCGAAAGCAGAGACCCGCGCAAGCUUCACUGGCUGUUUGAAAUGCUGAUGGAAUCUCCAGUCAACGGGGAGGGCGGCUCUUUUGUAGACGCUUGUCGCCUGUACGUGCUUCAGGGAGGGCUGGCCCAGCAGGAGUGGCGCGUACCCGAGCUUCUGCACAGAUUGCUGCAAUACUUGGAGCCCAAACUCACUCAGGUCUACAAGAAUGUACGAGAACGAAUUGGCAGCGUGCUCACGUACAUCUUCAUGAUUGAUGUCAACUUGCCGUUCACUCGCCCAACUACCUCCCCGCGCAUCGCAGACUUCACAGAGCGAAUCCUGCUGCAGCUGAAGCCUCUCACAGAGGGGGAUGAGGAAAUCCAGAACCAUGUCGUGGAGGAGAACGAGGUGGGGGAGCAGGAUGAGAGGACGCAAGCAAUCAAGUUGCUCAAAACAGUGCUUAAGUGGCUGAUUGCAAGUGCUGGGCGCUCUUUCACCACCGCCGUCCCAGAGCAACUACGGCUGCUCCCCCUACUCUUUAAGAUCGCUCCAGUCGAGAAUGACGACAGUUAUGAUGAACUGAAGAGAGACGCAAAGACUUGUCUGUCCUUGAUAUCUCAGGGACUCCUUUACCCAGAACAGAUUCAGAUGGUCCUCACUGUGUUGAAAGAGAUUGCUGGCAGCAGCUCUUGGCAUGCCCGGUAUUCAGUACUGACGUACCUCCAGAUCAUGGUCUUUUACAACCUGUUCACCUUCAUGAGUGACCAGAAAGCUGUGGCUGACGUACGGGGACUUGUGAUCAAACUGCUGGAGGACGAGCAGCUCGAGGUUCGAGAAAUGGCUGCCACCACUCUUAGUGGCUUCCUUCAGUGCAACUUCCUGUCCAUGGAUGCCCCAAUGCAAGCACACUUUGAGGCUCUCUGCAAAACCUGUUUGCCAAAGAAGAGGAAAAGAGAGCUUGGCUCUGUUGUCGAUACCAUACCGCCUGCUGGUCUGGUGCGUCGCCACGCGGGCGUGCUCGGGUUAAGUGCUUGUAUUCUCUCCAGCCCAUAUGAUGUUCCCACUUGGAUGCCCCAGCUUUUGAUGGACCUGAGUGCUCACCUUAAUGAUACGCAGCCCAUUGAGAUGACUGUAAAGAAAACUCUGUCAAACUUCCGCCGCACUCACCAUGACAACUGGCAGCAACAUAAACAACAGUUCACAGAUGAUCAGCUGUUGGUCCUCACUGAUCUGCUGGUCUCCCCUUGUUAUUAUGCCUAAAGCCAGUUUGGAGGAUCCCAGACUUCAGACACCAGCCUGGAAACCAGACACCAAAUCCUCACUGAAUAACUAAUUGGACGAAACAAGAAACCAGGGCAGAUUUGGAAGAAGAAAACCGGCGCACUGCGUAGUGACUUGUGACACAUGAUUGAAACGUGUGUAAAAGAAUGUAGCGCAUUUAUGUUUUUACUAUACUUAAUAUUUAAGGAUCAAUCAUGGCAGGGAGGAAUGACCUGCAGUUUGUAACAUUACUGUACAGAGAUAUUUUCCCCUUUUUCUUUGUGGCUUGAUUUUAUGCAUGUACACGUUUCCACACGUGUGCGUGUUAAUGGGAUGGUUUAGGACACACCAUGUUUCUCAGGAUUCUAUUCCAUGGAUUCUCUUUGAAAAGGCAGAAGUUACAGUGCAGGAGAAGCAUUUAAACAUCUUUCAGUGGUGAAGUAGCCACAGAGUUUUCAUGAUUAAAAAAAUGGUCUUUCAACCCGUGUAAAAUCAUAAAUGACAAGUAUGCACAAACCCUUAUUUAUUUAGUUUUUUUUUAACGUUUUUUUUUCUUUUUCAUUGUACCUUUGAUAUGUACUUGGGUUAGCUUUUAGCAGUGGAGCCAAUCGUUCCUACUCUUCAACAAAACAGAGGAAAGGGAGAGCGCAGAACUCCCCUCUAUUGCCGUGUGAUGCUUUUAUUGUGAAAACCGGAGGAGUUACAUCAAUGUCAUGCACCUGCGUGCACAGGAAAAGAAGCCAAAAUGCCUGUCUAAAAAUGGUGAUCUCCCUUCCUGACCAGUUCUCUUUGACUUUUCUUAGAACCCAAUAGGAUGACAUUUGGUUUGUGUGUUUUGGACUUGAAACCAAUCUAAAAAUAAAAGCGUUUAGUACCUCACGUGACUAUAGAGUAGUGCCAAAACUGCAGGUUUUUCUUUCCAUUUUUUUUCCCUUGUUGACAGUAAGUAAAAUUCAUUUUCAACUAAACUAUUUGUUUAUUCUUUUUAACAGUUUGUCUGAAAGCAUCACAAAGAAACUUGAUCAUUUUAUUCCAGAAAUCGAAACAAUGCGGUGAAAGAGGUGUUGCACUUUGCUGGUUAAAAAAAUUAAGACUUUAGAAGUUGCAAACAUGUGCAAAUAAGUGAGAGUAGUACAGAAACAAAAAUAACUGCAAUGAUUAAUAUUGGGGUUAAAAUUGUUUCACAUGUUAAUUAUAUUUGUAUGGUAUCAACCAUUAAAAUGAUUUGUUUUUGCAGACGACACCAUUGUUUUCUGUGCAGGAGAAAACAAAGUCCUUGUUAGACGUGGUCACGCCUGAACUGUCAAAACUGAAACUGUUUUGCUAAAAAAGAAAAUUACUAUUAAAUCUAGACAAAACAAAAUGCAUAGUUUUUGCUGAUUGAAAAAUUAACACAAAGGUGAAAUUUAUGAUUAGGGACACUGAUAAAAGUAAGUCUGAUUAAAUUCCAAUUGACCGCAAACUAAGUUACAAAUAUUGCUAAGAAAUAUCACGGAGUAUAGGGAUAAAAAGCAAAGCUGAACAUAUUCCUAAUUACAAAACAAUAUAUAUUAUGUCGUGCUCUAUACUGACUUGGCUCAACUAAGGUAUUGAGCUACGGGGAAACGCCUACAAAACCAAUAUGCACACGACAAAAACGAGCCUUAUUAAUUAUUAAAAAAGUGAGAUAAUUAUGAACAAAGUAGUAUUUUAUUCUAGGAAUCAAAUGUGUUAAAGGUUAAAGAUGAAAUGCAAAUACUUGAAGUUUCAAAAGUUUUCUAAAGUGAAAAAAAGAAAAAACUAGUUCCAAAGAAAUACAACCCUGUCUAAGGACAACACAAAAAAAUGCCUUUUUGUCUGUGUGCUUUGGUUGUAGGACAACAUGGAAGAAAGUAUUAUCACGACCAAAACUGUUGCACAAUAAAAAAAUAAAUAAAAUGAAACCUUUGGAAAUUAGAAAGAAAAUAGGACAAUGUACGGACAAUCAUAACUGAUGGUUUUUGGGUCCCUUGCUUUUUUCCUUAAUUCCUUUGUGUCUAUAUGAAAAUUUGUUAUAGUUCAUAAUGUGAAAAUUUAUUAAAAAAAAUAGUGCAAGAUUGGUGGAGGGAAUUAAUAGGGUUUUCCUUCUUCACACUCAUUUUUUGAGCACUUUCUGUUUAUCAUGUUUAUCCUGAUAUGUAGCUUAGCUAGUUUAUUUUGUAUAUUUGCAUAACAAAUGAACAAAUAAACAAAUCGGAUGGUGGAAUCAUA